AUGGACCGCCUGAAAGUGAACCGCUCUGCUAGAGGAGCCCAAUCAACGAAAAUCACGAAUGAGGCGCCGACGCUGUUGGAGAGCAGCUGCAACGACCGCACGGCAUUCAGCAAGGUUCUAGACAAGCUCGUAGCCAGCCGUGACGAGCUGCGGAAGAUCAAUGCCGAGCUUAAGGACGUGAUUCCCGUCGAGGAUCUUGAAAGGGAGUACGCGUCUGCAGCGCAUUAUGACGACCAGAAGCUUGAGACCAAGACACGCCACCCGGGCCGGCUUGAAGAUCUCAGCGUCGGCAGAACGGUGCAGACUCCUCCCUCGACGACGCUCAAUACGCCACCUGCCCCAACAACAGUUGCGUCACAGAGCUUCGGACCUCGUCUCCCAAUGCUGACCACCAAGCCUUUCCAUGGGGACGUGUGUAAAUGGACGUCAUUUUGGGAGCAAUUCAACACCGCUGUGCACGCGAAUACAACUCUGAGCACGACUGAUAUAUUUCAUUACCUCCGCAACUACCUCGUAGGGGAAGCACCAGCUGCCAUUGCCGGACUACCAACGACUGAAGCCUGUUAUGAGAGUGCCAUCCAUCUGCUAAAGCAGAGGUUCGGGGACAGGAGCCGGAUUGUACAGCAUCACUUCAUAGCGCUCCGCGAACUGCAGCCCGUGACGUCUUCAUCGGAUACGAGGAAGUUGCGUAGGCUGUAG